GGAUAGCAAACCCUCCGAUGAUCUGGCCGCCAUCUACCCUGGCUGGGUGAUGCUCAACCACCACGGCCUGGGCAGGAGGCACUGCUUCCCCGCCGACGCAAACGACACUGUCGCGUCCUGCCUCAGCUCCGCCGGCAAGCGCAUCCACGCCUCCUUCCAUCUCGCGGCGCCGCCCGGCAACUCCGCCCUGUUUCUCGACUGGCCGGACGUGCGCGACGCUGACCAAUUGCAACGCACUGAGGUCAGCGCCGCCCAUGGCGACUCCGUCCUCGUCCAGUCCAGGGACUGCACCGAUCUCGGUUCAUCUGCCCCGUUCGAGUACUUCGUGUACAGGGCAGGAGGCGGCCCGCCGUCCAUGUCGCCUCUCCCGCCUUGCUACCUGCCCAUGCCAUGGGAGGGAGGCGACUCGCGGCGGAGGUCGCGCGAGCCGCGACUGAUGGGCUCGACAGACACAGGCCUCCUGCGCCGCGGGGAGGACGAGCUCGUCGUGGCUCAGCUGAUCGUUAUGUCCGUCUCGGCAGAGCUCUGCGUCCUCCGCUCCGACAGCCUCCCCUUUGUGUGGGAGAGCAAGCGGCCCUCGGUCGCCUACGCCGAGGGCGCCAGAGGGGACGAGCUGAACCAAUGGUGGGAGACCGACGCGGUCGUCCCCAUCGGCGACCAGUUCCUCUGCUGGGUAGACUACUUCCGCGGCCUUCUGCUCUGCGACAUGUUCGACCUGGACGACGAACCCGUGCUCCAGUACGUGCCGCUGCCCCUCAACCCCAAACAAGGGCGGGCCCGGCGUGAUUUGCAGCAGCCUUUCAAGAACGCCCGAAACAUUGGCACCACCGCCAGCGGCGACGUGAGGUUCGUCAGCAUCGACCGCCGCUGCUGCUGCGGCGGGCUCCUAGAGAGCAGCUGCCCGCGCUCCCGUUUCUCCUUCACACUCACCACCUGGACCCUGGGCAUGGACAGCAUGACGUGGUCCACCGAUGGCAUGCUCCACUCCGACGAGCUCUGGGCCCUCCCAGGCUAUGAGGGCCUCCCGCGCGUCACGCCCGAGUUCCCCAUCCUCAGCAUGGACGACGAUGCCACCGUCUGCCUCAUGGUUCGCCACUACGACGUGGAUGCAGAGGACAUCAGGAUAUGGAUGAUCAAGGUCGAUGUCAGGAGCAAAACGCUGCUAUCCAUCGUCCCCUAUAACUGUGCGCGCUACAAACCAAUGGACGACGACGAAGAUGGAUCUCAAGAUCACUUUGACGGGAUUGGCUUCGUCCCCAGCCAAGUUUCCAAGUAUCUAAAUUACAACACCAGGAUGCAUACAAACUAGUAUAACUAGUUGACUGCCCACUUUCCACCAGGUUACAUGUACACCACAUUUUUUACUUUGGCCAACAUCUUCUUUUGUUA